UGCGUCGCUGCGUUGCUAUUGAUGCAUACAUGAGGAGUUUAGUUUGCAAUGGGAUCCUUCAUUAUAGCAAAUUCAAGGACUUGUCUCAGACACCUCUGCCCCCUCCUCAGGCACCCUCUUUAUUCCCACUGUGCUCUGCAAAAGACAAAUAAUCCCACUAAUCAGCCUUACUGCACCAAACGAGAAAGAAGACCGUCAGAAUUUAACGGCACCAAGCACAGAGAUUUCACUCAGAGCGAGAGAGGUUCAUUCCCAAAGUCGGUGUUUGCAGCUGGUCAUGCCAAAAGAACUGCUGAGAUUUUAAAGAAGAAAUCAGGAGAGGAUAAAGAUCCGGAACAAAUCAAUACGCGUCCGCUGAAAGGCCGGGCAGCAUUUGUAGCAGAGAUUCCUAAUCGUGCUUUGAGCGUUUCAGAAUGGAGAGAUCUAAAAAGCAGCUCGUCCAGGCCGGAGCGCUUCGAGCUGAGGAUGAUGGAGGGCUUGCUGGCCGCCGGUGCUGACCUCAGCAUUGGUAAAUCUCUCCUCAACUACGUCGCUGCUGAAAACGGAACCCUACCGUAUGAACUCCUGCUCAGGUAUCUGACCCUUUGCGUUUCUUGUGGACAUCACUCAGAAGUUUCAGACGUCUACGACAUCAUGAAAAGCUGCUUUAAGACUCUGGACACUGGAGCCUACAGUUUGUUUGUGAAAGGUCUGAGUCAGACUGAACGCUGGAGGGAAGCCCUGAUCAUCCUGGAGGACAUCAAGAAGGUCAUCACGCCGUCUUCCAGAAAUUAUGGAGAUGCUGUGAGCGGGGCUCUUCUCCACGGGGACACGGAGACGGCGUGGCGUCUUUAUGACGAGCUGACAGACCUGGGACUGACACCCAAUCAGGAAACAUGGCGGUGUUUCUUUGAGAGUGGUGCGAGUCAGAGGGAACACAAAGACAAACUCCUGGCCAUCCUGACCUACAUGAGAGUAAACCAGAUAUAUCCGGAGGAGAAGCUGGUCAGAAGUAUUAAAGACUGGUUUGAAAGGUUACCAGAUGAAAACUGGAAAGGAAAGUUUACUUCUGUGGAUCCCCGAGGAGUGUGUAAGGGCUGUGGGACACAACUGGAGUCCAUCCAGCUGACAGAGGAGGAGUACGCUCGGCUGAAACAGAGAGUGAUGGAGGAUGUGAUCGAGGGCCGGGACGUCUUCAAUAAGACCACGCCUGAGGAGCUGGAGAGUUUUAAGAAAUUUGUGAAGGGCCGCCCUGCAUUUGAUGUCAUCAUUGACGGCCUGAACGUAGCGAGCGCCACGCCGAAGUGUGCCAAGUCAGAGACGCUGUUAGCAGUAGUCUCGGAGCUUCAGGGUCUGAACGUUCUGGUUCUGGGAAGAAAGCACAUGCAGCAGCCGUCACGAAACUGGAAUAGACACGAUAUGAACCAGAUCAAACAGAAAGCACACUGCUUUUUCACCGAGAACAUCUCAGAGGAUGACCCAUUUCUGCUCUAUGCCGCAUUGCACUCUGGGAAUCACUGUAAUUUUGUGAGCCGAGACCUAAUGAGGGAUCACAAAGCAUGUCUCCCGGACAGCGCCACACGACGUCUCUUUUUUAAGUGGCAGCGUGGACAUCAGCUAGUGUUUAGCAGCUUCAUUCCAGGCAAAAGGAUUCGUUUUCAGAGGACAUCUGUCUACGAUACGAUCAUCCAGAGCUGUGGAAAGACAUGGCACAUACCUUAUGACAAGGACGGAGAAGAGCGGAGCACAUAUGAAGUUCCCCAGACAUGGCUGUGUCUCAGUAACAAUGUGUGAAAUGUGUAUGAAGUAGACCGAUUAAGAAAUAAAUAAAAAAAUAUU